GAUCGCUCUUGAAUGCUUUACAUCUGACCACCGUGUGAAGGGUGGCCAGGCCAUCGAACAGAGUGGCCCAGACAAAGAGCAACGGCUUUUUUCCAGUUGGCCCUCAUUAUCCUGCCCACUUGCAUUGUGUGGCUCUGACGGUACAACGAUAGGUUACAAUACAUUUUACGCACAUCGAGUAGAGCGAAGCGACUGACCCACUAAUUACCGGUUGGAGGAUUUCGUGCGCACUUUGUGACCCAGAAGCGCGAUGAAGGCAACUGCGGGUGCACUAUCGGCUGCUGGAACCAGCAGCGCCGCACAGCUGCCAGCCGCGGCAGCAGCGCGAGGGUCGGUCCGCGCAAGCCCCGCUGCUGGGCAGGCGAAACGAUGGCUGCUGCGACCACUGCAGCCGGGCCAGCCGGGCAGCUCGUCGCUCUUGCCCGUUGCCGCACUCAACGGAGAGGGCCAAGGCCCGGCGGUCGGGGCUGCUGACUGGUCGUCAUUCCCGUUCCAGCUUUCCGACGAUCCCCUGCUGCGUCGGAGUCAGCUGCUCCUCGCCGCGUCUCGCCGGCUGCGGGGCGAGGAGCCCUUCCCCACCCCCCUGGCAGAUGCGGAGCUUGACCCCUCCGCGCCGCGCACUGUGGCGGGCAACGCUGCCUCUGUCCCUGAUUCGCCUGCGGUCGUGUCGCCGCUGCCCUUCACCCGCGUGGGUGGCACCCGGCCCGCCCUCACCACCUUCCAGUCCGCCGCCUCGCCUGACGCAGCUGCUGGCGCCUCUCUGGGUGAGCUGGCUGUGGCCGCCGCUCGCAUGAGCACUAGCACAGCGAGCCCGGCUGGCCUUCUCGCCGCCGCGACAGCCGCUGCCGCUGUGCCCAGUCUGAUGGCGCCUGCCGCCGCCUCCGCCAGCCCCGCGUCUGCCGCCGCCGCGGCCGCCGCCACCCCCGGCGCCGCCGCCUGGCUGGCCAUUGACAACCUGCUGUCUGAGGCCGCCUACUCGCUGUCGCAGCAGCUGGACAACAGCGGCCUGGGUGGCCGCACGCUGGCCAGCAAGACGGCCGUGUGGUCGUCUGCGGGGGGCAGCCUGCCCGAGGGCCUGGACGACCUGUUGUACUCGCUGGCCGCCGAGCUGGACGCGCUGGGCCUCACCGCAGCCGGCCAGGCGCUGGCGGGCGCUGCCAAGGGUGCGGUGGCGGGCCUCACCGGCGCUGCUGCCGAGCUGCCGCGCGCCGCCGCGCAGGUGUACCGCUCCGCCGCGGACGCCGCCAGUGUGGCCACCAACCUGAGCGCCAGCCGCAACCAGGGCGUCACGCUCAUCACGCCCUCGCCGUUGCCUCCUGACGCGGGCGGCCCCGACCUGACCCAGCUGGAGCCCGAGCUGCUGGCGGCGGCAGGCCUCACGCCCAACCCCGCCUGGGACCCCUUCGGCACCAUCCGCGCCGCCGAGGCGCUGUCCCGCGGCGAGGUGGUGCCCGAGGGCCUGGUGGUGCCGCCCGCCCUGGUGGCCAAGGCGGCGGCGGCGGCCCCCGUAGUGACCGGCACUCCCUCCGUCAGCGGCGCCGCCACUGCCACCGCGGCGGCGACUGUGGAGGCCGCCACCACAGCGGCAGCCGGAACCAUUGUCAUCCCCGCACCCGCCCCGGCGCCGACCGCACCUGUGCCUGCGCCGCCUGUUGUUGCAGCUGUCCCCGUGGCGCCCGCUCCUGCUCCUGUGCCGCCUCCGGCCGUGGCAGCUGCGGGCGCACCACCUGCUCCCACCGUAUGCCCCGUGCCCAGUGUACCGGAGCCGUCCGCUGUGGUGCCCCCUCCUGCCGUGGUCCCGCCGGCACCAGCUCCUCCCGUUGUCGCCGCGGCCCCUCCCUCGCCCCUGCUGCCUCCUGCCGCCCCGGUGGUGGCGGAGGCUCCGGACUUAUCCUCUGACAAGCUGAAUUCGGCAGUCCAGGACCUGCUUGCGGCAGGCUCGCCCCCGCCCGUGGACGCUGCCGCCGCUGCAGCCAAUGCGGCUGCCCCCGCCGCCCCUGCUGCCGCGCCGCUGCCUGCGGACGCCGAGGCGGCUCUGGGCCAGCUAAGCGAGGCGCUGCAGCGGGAGCUCAAGGCGGUGGUGGGGCCGGACGUGGACGUGGAGGCGGCGGCGGCCGACCCCUCUGCGCUGGCCGAGGCUGCCGGUCGCGCGGUGGACAGCGCGCUGGGCAGUCUGGACAGCGGCGCGCUGGAGGCGCUGGGGCAGCUGCCGCCGGACGUGCGCCUCAGCAGCCUGCUGGGGGCGGUGCUGCAGUCGGCUCUGGACCUGGUGGACGCGGCGGUGUCGGGCGUGCGUCAGGCCGACAGCGAGGUGGUGGGCGGCGUGGCCAUUGUGGUGGUGCUGGGCCUGGCCAUCCGCUCGCUGGUUUCUGUGCUGGGCAAUGCACUGGGCGGCCCACGUGGCGGCGCCAUGCCGGCAGCCAGUGCGGGUGGUGGUGGGGUUGAUGCGGCAGGCGGCGCCCCGCGCACUUUGGCCGAGGCGGUGGCGGCGGAGGGCAGCGCGCGCGCCACCGGCAGCCGCACCUCGCGCGCUCUGGGCGUCACUGCGCUGGAGGCGGCGGCGCUGCUCAACAACGAGCCCAAGGCUCUGCUCCUGGACGUGCGCAACUCGGGCGACGUGUACGAGCAGGGCCUGGCCGACCUGCGCCCCUUCCGGCGGGGCUCGGGCGCCGCCUCCGCCGCGCUGCCCUACCUGGACUUCCGCACCACACCCACACUGGCCAACCCCUCCGGACUGCUCGGCGGCUCCGGCGGCGCGGGCGCGGCGGGCUCGGUGGUGGCUGCAGUGGACCCCCAGUUUGUUCCCCGCUUCAAGCAGCUCAAGGGGUUGGGGCGGGACAGCCGCGUGCUGCUGCUGGACUCGUACGGCGUGGAGGCGCCCGAGGCGGUGGCCCUGCUGCGCUCCGACCCCGACAUCGAGCGCCUGCUGGGCGGCGAGGGCGUCAGCUUCGUGGAGGGAGGCUUUGCGGGGCCCGAGGGCUGGAAGCUGACUGGGCUGCCGGUCAUGGACCCGCCCGAGCCCGCGGCUGAAGCCCGGGGGGCCGCAGGUGCCGGGCGGCCGCUGCUGCGCGGCGGGCCCCUGGACACCAGCGGCCUGGUGGGCGGACUGGCGGCGCUGCAGAUGAGGUACCCGGCGCUGCUGACGCGUGUGCUGGCCGUGGGUGCUGUGGGCGGCGUGGGCGUGGCUGCGGCCAGCCGAGUGGACUGGGGCGCAGUCAGCCGCGGCGGUGUGGCUCUGGCGGCGCUGCUGCUGGUGGCGGACAGGGCGCUGCCCACGGGCGUGCGGCCCAGCGCCAAGCUCAGGAGCCAGCUGCAGGCUCAGCUUGAGGCCCCGGCCGACAGCAACGCCGCCGCCGCCGCCGCCUCCAGCCAGCAGCCGGGCGACAAGCGCCGCGCCGCCCUCAUCCUGCGCGCCCUGGACCUGGUGGACGCAGUGGGCGACGCCGUGGUCAAGGCCGGCCAGACCGCGUUCAGCGCAGCGGGCGGAGCCGCCAGCGCCGCCGCGAAGACCGCCGCUGCCUCCGCCACCUCGGCCGCUGCAACCGCCUGGCCCACUGCAUCCGCCGGCAUGGGCUCUGAGGCGGCUGGGGAUGCCGCCUCCGCUCGUGCCUCCACUGUCAUGUCCAACUGGCGCGACGUGAUUGAUUCAGGCGCUGAAGUCUCUGCAGCCCCGGCCACCGCGGCAAGUGCCAGCCCCAGCAUCACCCGCUCGCCCUCGCCCGGCCCCGCCUUCGCCGCGGGCAUCAGCCGCAGUCUGGGCGACGCCUUCCACAGCGCCGUGUCCGCAGUCAAGCGCGCCGCCUCGCCCGCGCGCCAGCCCGUCGCCGCCGUCUCGGGCUCCAACAGCCGCUCCAGCUCUCCCACCCGCAGCGGUCAGGCCGCCGACACGCGCGACCUGGUGGCGGCAGUGGCGGCGGCCUCAGCCAUGAACGGCACCGCGGUGCUGCCGGGCAUGGCGCCGCUCACCUUCCCCAAGGCCUCGGCCGGCCAGGUGCCCGGCUGGGGUGCCGAGGAGGAAGCCGCUGCUGCCGCCGUGCCUGAUGACUGGCGCCAGGCGGCAGAGGCCGAGGCCUACGCCCCCGCCGGCACACAGCUGGACGCGGACGCCGCUGCUGCGGCGGCGCUGGCGGCCAUUGACGCCGCGCUGGCGGACAACAGUGCGGCUGCGCCCGCCCCGGUGUCGUUCAGGUCGGCCAGCCGGUCAUCCUGGCGUGACGAGGUGGCGGCGGAGGCCGUGCCUGUUCCUGCUGCACCGAGCACCAGCCGGUCCCGCUCCGUCACCAACUGGCGCGACCAGGUGGAGGCGGAGGCAGCCAGGGCCGCCACGGCCGCUGCCAGUGCGGACGCCUCGGCCGUGAACCGCCAGGGUGACGACAACGGCCGCACCGGCAGCAGUCGCCGCAAGCAGCCGCUGCGCACUGCCUCUCCCGAGCGCGCGGCGGCGGCUGCCGAGGCGAUGCGGCGGCUGCGUUCUGAGGCUGCCGGGGCAGACGAUGACGGGCUGCGUGUGGGCGUGAUGGGUGGCGAGGACAAGUUCUUUGGUGGCGACAGCGGCGAGUGGGACGAGGUACAGCUGGAGCGCCGCCGUGAGAGCCUGCGGGCGGCCGCCGGUGCGGACAGCGCGGACGAGGAGGCGGAGGCCCGGGGCGGCCGCGAGCGCGAGCUGGUCACGGUGGGCGUGUCGGCCAGCCGGGCGGCGGCCAGGGAGAAGGAGGUGGGCGCCACGGCGGCAGCGGCUGACCCCCGCGCCGCCCGCGGCCGCAGCUCGUCUCGGCGUGUGGUUGCUCGCACGCUGUCUCCGGAGCGCACGUCGGAGGUGGCGGCGGCGAUGAGGCGGAUGCGGCUGGAGGCGGGCCUGCCGCCCAACGACGGCAGUGGCGAUCACGCCGCCGCUGGCUUCGCCUCGCCCAGCAACGGCCAUAGGGCAUCCGUCAACGGCAACGGCAGUGCAAACGGCAACGGCAGCGGCGCCUCCCGGUACACGCCCAGCGUCAGCCCCUCCGCGUCCGCGGUGGUGCCGCGCGACUGGCGCCGCGAGCUGCAAAGCUCGGCUGGUGAGGGUGCCGAGAGCUCUGGCGUUGAGGGCCAGGCCCAGCCGCAGCGCCGCGCGGGCAGCGGCCGCGCCCGUGUCGUGGUGUCGGCGGGAUCACGCGCGCCCAGCAACUGGCGGCAGCAGGUCGACGGUGGCAGCAAUGGCAAUGGCAACGGCAACGGUAAUGGCAACGGCCAGUCCUCGCCACGUCAUGCCACGCCGGCCAACCUGUCGCCCUCAGAGCGCCUGGCGCGUGAGGCGCGGAUGCGUGAUUGGCGCGCGCGUGUGUAAAGCCGAAGGCCGCGGCUGCCGCUGUGGCAUCUGGCCCGGGCUUGUGUAGUAAGACCAUGAUGUGUGCCAUGUUAUGUGCCAUGAGUUACAGAAGGCGUCGUGUCGAUGUCCUUAUUGCUCCCACUUGAAUGCGACCAGUGUGCGAGACUCUAAUGCCCCCGGUCGGUCCACAGUCCACGGGCGUGGGCUGCAGUAUUUCUGGAGAAAUCAGGUGACGGCUAGGUUACAACGGUAGGCAUGUGGUGCGCAUGCUGCAUCUUCUAGGGGGCAGGGCUUGCAUCUUCCAGGGGUUGGCCGGCGCCGCUGGCGAGAAGGCCCCUAACCACGUUCUCGCCCACAGCAUGCAGGGGCACAAAAAUGAAUCUUUCGCGCCCAAGGACCUGCAUUGGGCCCCGUCCAUAACUUGAAAACUGUGGAGGACUGUGGAGGGCUAAGCGGGGUGGGCGGGUGGGCGGCGCACGAUGCCGUGGUUGCAUGGCAAGGUAACAUGUUGUGAUGGAAGGCGUGGCAUGCGUGUGGCAUGCGUGUGCACAGAAGGGGCGUACUGUAGUUGCAACCUUUGGACGCAGCACUGGCGGGUUGUGUGUGCGUAUGUGCUAGGGGCGCUAGAAUGGGAGUGUGACAGGCCGUGAUGGGAAGGCGCGGCGUGCGUGUGCACAGAGGCGCCGUGCUAUCACUGCUGCUUACCAUUGGACGCAGCAUUGGCGGGCUGUGUGCGCGUGUGUGCUAGGGGCGCUAGGUGCAGCGCGUGGGAGUAAUGUGACAGGCAGGCCGUGAUGGGAAGGCGUGGCAUGCGUCGGUGCUUGUGCGCAGAGGGGGCGUGCUGUCAACGCAACCAGGGUUGCGCAGUACGCGGCCCCUCUUCGCGUAUUAGUGCGCCCUUAGCCCUCCUCCUGGUACGACACGCUGGAAUACGUUGAAAUACGUUGGGCUCGAAAAGCCAGUACGCUGAGGAUAUGCUUUUGUCGACGCCAGGCACCGACAAGAAAAGGUGGCUCUCCCUCGCAAGGGAAAAGUGGGCUGUGCCGCCACGCCACGUCCUCCGUCUGAGGCCGAAGGUUCCGAUACUAGCCUCAUCUCCCGGACAUAGCCGGGGUCGGUUUGUACAGGCACCGCCCGCCAUAUGUGCCCAUUCGCGCCCAGCUAUCAAGCACUAGUGCAGCAGGCAGCAGGCCAACCAGACAGCAAGGAAAACCCCUCAACACCCUUGCCGCUGCAGCUGACUGCCCGCUACGCCAUCCUCGUCAGCACAGGUCGCUAACCAGACAACACCGGCAGGUCUCAACCUGCGCGCCGGCGCCGCUUUGAAGGCGGCGCCGCGCUGUCCUCCUCCACGUGGCCUUGCCUGCCCCCUGGGAGCCGGCCCACACCCCUAACACGGGCAAGGUUGGGCGGACUUCAGAAUUGUUUGGCCUGUGCUACGGCUACAAGGGUGCGAAGGGGAAAGUUUGAAGUUGGCAACUCUUCCUUUGUGGAAUCC